UAAUAGACGUGCAGCAAAUCCAGAUGGCGGCUGGCUUUUAGAUCCUCUCCUUUGUCGGCAUUACAGGUGGAGCUUCACACUCCAGUCCAGUUGGUGGCGGUAAUACACCAUAAGUUGGCUUGUCAACCGCCAAUAAAUGAUACAAGAAGAAGAAGAAGAAGAAGAUGGCGGCUGGCGUUGAAAGCACAUUGUGAAGCUAAAGGCAGAACUGUUUCAGCAGACUCCCAUUUUGUGAAAGGAAAAAUACGAACGACACCAGGAGAGAAAAGCUGUUUGCAAAAAAUGUAAACUAGUUUGUGAACUGUAGUUCAGUUUAUUUCUGUUAUCUAGAAAUAGAAUUGAUUUAUUCACUGAAUGGAGUUUGUUUAAUGAUCUGUUUACGAAGAAAUACAGAAACAAAAGCGAAACUAUCCUGUGACAAUGUGUCUGCAUCGAUAGCUCAGUAAAGCCACAAAUAAUCCGUACACACUGCCUGCAAAAUGAGUCUCUGUGAGAAGAGAGAGCAGGAGGAGGAGGAUGUUCACACACAUAAAGCAACAUCUCCAGGACCCAGCUGUGUGUCUAUGAAGAGUGACGCUUCUAUGGGAAUCCCUGUUAAUUUCAGUGAUGGAGCAGUGACCUCUGACCCUGACACUGCCUGUGAAAUGAGUCCCUAUGAGAAGAGAGAGGAGGAGGAGGAUGUUCACACACAUAAAGCAGCAUCUCCAGAACCCAGCUGUGUGUCUAUGAAGAGUGAUGCAUCCAUGGGAAUCUCCGCAAAUUUCAGUGGUGGAACAGUGACCUCUGAUGCUGAAUUCUGCAGAGUGAAGAGAGAUGAUGUGAUCAGAUCAGCGAUGCCCAGUCUGACCUGCACUGACUCUGACCGUCAGACACUCAUCAUACAGAGAGUCAAAGACCAACAGAAAACCAGCAUGAAGAACAAGUAUGAGAGAUUAUUUGAAGGAAUCAAACAAAAAGAAAAUCAAACCCUUCUUAACAGGAUCUACACACAGCUCUACAUCAUAGAGGGAGAGAGUGAAGGAGUGAAUGAAGAACAUGAGGUUUUACAGAUGGAGAAAAAACCUAGAACACAAGACGCUCCAAUCUACUGCAAUGACAUCUUUAAAUUGUUACAUGAACCAGGAUGUGAGAAGAAAGACAAAAUCAAGACUGUUCUUACUAAAGGCAUUGCUGGAAUUGGAAAAACUGUCUCUGUGCAAAAGUUCAUUCUGGCCUGGUCUGAAGGAAAAGCCAAUCAGGAUGUAGAUUUCAUGUUUGUGCUUCCAUUUCGAGAGCUGAACUUGAUUAAAGAUCACCAGUAUAGUCUUCACAGACUUCUGCUGGACUUUCAUCCUGAACUACAAGAUCUGGACUCAAAGAUUUAUGAGAAGUGUAAAGUUGUGUUCAUCUUUGAUGGUCUGGAUGAAAGCAGAAUUUCACUGAUGUUUUCAGACAUUGAGAAAGUAACUGAUGUGGAUCAAUCUUCAUCAGUGGGUGUGUUGAUGUCAAGCCUUAUCAGAGGAGAGCUGCUUCCCUCUGCUCUCAUCUGGAUCACCUCCAGACCAGCAGCAGCCAAUCAGAUCCCCUCAAAAUACAUCAACCGUCUGACAGAAAUUCAGGGAUUCAAUGAGCCUCAGAAAGAGGAAUAUUUUAAGAAGAGAAUCAGUGAUGAACAUCAAGCAAACAGAAUCAUCUCACACAUUAAAAAAUCAAGAAGCCUCAACAUCAUGUGUCACAUACCCGUCUUCUGCUGGAUCUCAGCCACUGUGCUUCAAAACCUCCUGAAACAAGAUGAGAGUGCAGAAAUCCCUCAAACUCUGACUGAAAUGUAUAUCCACUUCCUACUGACUCAGAUCAACAUGAGGAGUCAGAAGUAUGAUGAGAGAGAUCCAAAAAAACUCCUGCAGUCCUACAGAGACGUGAUUGUGAAACUUGCCGAACUGGCUUUCAAUCAGCUGAUGAAGGGCAAUGUGAUGUUCUAUGAGGAGGACCUGGUUGAGAGCGGCAUAGACAUCACUGAUGCCUCAGUGUAUUCUGGGAUUUGCACUGAGAUCUUUAAGCAGGAAUCUGUGAUUCAUCAGAGGAAAGUCUACUGCUUCAUACAUCUGAGCUUUCAGGAGUUUCUAGCUGCUUUCUUUGUGUUUUACUCACAUGUAGUCAGGAACAUGGGAUCACUGAAAACGUUUUUGAAAGGAUAUAAGUGGUAUAAUCGAGAAAUCGCUCUGUUUGAGCUACUAAAAGGCACAGUUGAUAAAUCCCUACAGAGUGAAAAUGGACACCUGAAUCUUCUCCUGCGGUUCCUGCUGGGCGUCUCACUGGAGUCCAAUCAGAGACUCCUACAGGAUCUACUGACACACACAGUGAACAACUCAGAGGACAUCAAGAGAAUCACACAGUACAUUAAAGCUAAAAUUGAGGGUGAUGAGUGUCUCUCAGAUGACAGAUGCAUCCAUCUGUUUCUCUGUCUGCUGGAAAUGAAGGAUCAGACUCUGUACAGAGAGAUUCAGAAGUUUGUGAAAUCAAAGAAACACUCUGUGAAUAAACUCUCUCCGUCUCACUGCUCAACAAUUGCCUACAUCCGUCAGAUAUCAGAGGAGGUGCUGGAUGAGUUUGAUCUGAAGAAAUACAACACAUCAGAUAAAGGUAGAAGGAGACUGAUACCAGCUGUUGUGAACUGCAGAAAAGCGCUACUCGCUGACUGUAAUCUCACUGGUCGGUGCUGUGAAAGUCUGUCUUCAUCUCUACAAUCAUCAAACUCACUGAGAGAGCUGGACCUGUGUCACAACGACCUGCAGGAUUUAGGAGUGAAGAUUCUGUCUGAUGGACUGAAGAGUUCAAACUGUCAACUCAACAUACUGAGAUUAUCUGGCUGUAUGGUAACAGAGGAAGGCUGUUGUUUUCUGGCUUCAGCUCUGAGUUCAAACCCCUCACACCUGAGAGAGCUGGAUCUGAGCUACAAUCACCCAGGACAAUCAUUAGUCAAGCUGCUCUCUGAUCCAAACUACAGACUGGACAAACUCAAUGUGGAUCAUGCAGGAGACUUCAGGAUUAGAACAGGACCACAGAAAUAUGCAUGUGAUCUCACAAUGGAUUUAAAUACAAUAAACAGUCGUCUCGUCCUGUCUGAGAGGAACAGAAAGGUGACACUUGUGAUAGAGAAGCAGCCGUAUCCUGAUCAUCCAGAGAGAUUUGAUGAGUUUCAUCAGGUUCUGUGCAGAGAGAGUCUGACUGGACGCUGUUACUGGGAGGCUGAAUGGAGUGGAGAGGGGGUUAAUAUAUCAAUUACAUAUAAAGGAAUCAGAAGGAAAGGAUGGAGUAAUGACAGUUGGCUUGGAUGCAAUAAAACGUCCUGGAGUCUGAUCUGUAUGAAAAACAGUUUCACUGUCAAACACAACAAUAAGAGCACAGUCAUAUCUGUCUCUUCAUGUCACUCUAACAGAGUAGGAGUGUAUCUGAACUGGUCGGCCGGCACUCUGUCCUUCUACAGUGUCUCUGACACACAUACUCUGACACAGUUACACACAUUCAACACUACAUUCACUGAACCCCUCUAUGCUGGAUUUGGGGUUUAUUUUAGUAGUUCAGUGUCUCUGUGUGAGAUUAAACAUCAUCCUGUGAGAAACAAAACUUUUUCAUUUGUUUCUCACUCACAGUAAACAGGUCUUAGCAAGUGCUUGCUCUGUUACUAUGGUAAAUGAUGGUUCACACGCUACCUAAUAUUGCACUCCAUUAUGCUGCUUUGACAUAGUUUUUCCUAAUCAUGCUAGAUGAAUGUCUUUAACAUUUCUACGGCCCAGAUAAACCAUUGUCUCUUUCCACAUGGACUGAUGUGCCUUUCUGAAGGCAUUAGUUUAAUUUUAGUUUAGUUUUUAAUUGUUUAAGAUUAGCAGAAGAUUAAUGUCAGUUUUAAGUUUGAAUCUGGAGAAGGAAAAACAUUUUAAGUGGAUUUAGUGUGUACAUUUCAUGAGCAACAGUGUAUGAGCAUCACUAUAAUUAACAAAUUAAUGAGGUAAAUACAUAAAGCGUGUUGUAAACUUAUUAGUCUGUGAUUAAGUGUGGUUUGUUUGUGUGUGAACUGUAUAAGAGUGACUGUCUUUUUCUUUCAGGAUAUGUUUCUUUUAUUUACUCUUUUAAGUUAUAUACACUACUGUACAAAAGUCUGUUUUUUUUUUCUCUAUUUAUUUUAAUUAAUAUUUUGUUUUUUUUUUCUGCAAGGAUGCAUUAAAUUAAGUAAAAGUGACAGUGGAUUUACCAAACAAAACAAAACAAUUUCAACUUAAUGUUGAGCUUCCUAUUAGGAAUUCUGGAAAAAAAAUGUAUGAUGGUUUUUUCCACAAAAAUAUGAAGCAGUGCAACAUUGUUUUUAACAUUAAUAAUAAUAAGAAAUGUUUCUUCAGCAGCAGAUUAGCAUAUUAGAAUGAUUUCCGAAGGAUCAUGUAAAACUGAAGACUGGAGUAAUGAUGCUGAAAAUUCAGAUUUGCAUCAAAAGGAAUAAUUAUAUUUUAAAUACAUUAAAAGAAAACAGUUAUUUUAAAUUGUGAUAUUUCACAACAUUUGUGUGAUUACUGUAAUAAAUGCAGCCGUGGUGAGCAUAAGAGACGUCUUUCAAAAAUAUAAAAAAAAAAUACCAGCCCAAAUCUUUGAAUGGUGGUAUAUCUAGAUUUUAGUUUGUCUUAAAUUUUAUAUAUUAUAUAAAAUGUUUGUGCAUAGCCCUGAUUCCCCUUCGCACAUUCUCAAGUGUUAGUCUUACAAUCGUAGUCAAACUGAUUGUUCAGUAGAGUUGAAGAUUAAAUCUAUUAAUUAUUGAAUCAGUGGAGAUGAUGUUCUGAGGACAGGAGGUAUUACAGGCAGUGAGUGAUAAUGUAAUAUCAUUUUUAUAGAGGAAAUCAAUUGAAACAGAAGGCUACAUUUGUGUUAAAAGCAUUCCAGUGAUUCUCUGAUUCAUUUCAUAUCAAUAUUAGUGACAGGGAUGGAUGGAUAUUUGUAGGUCAAAUGAGUGUGUGAGUCCAGUGCAGUAAAUUUAUUUCGCCACCAGAGGUCUCUGUCACCCGCUUCUCGUUCGGUGUGCUACCGGCUACUGUCUGUCCAUAGUAUAUUAAGAUAUAUUUUCCCUUAAGACGUUAUUAUUUGACUAAUAAAAGAUAUAAUAAAUACAUAAUAUAUGUAACAUGUGAGGAACAUAACAUUAACUUAUUAGUAGUGAAAUGUGAUGAUAAAAUACCACCUCAGUGCUUGUUGAUGUUUUAAACAAUAGUAGCCUAUAUUUAGUGUUUAUGUGGCCUGUUUUAAGACAUGUUAUUUUCACCUUAGCACAGAUAAAGUGAGGGCAUUUGGAUUAGAUGUGAACAUAUUCAGAAAUGAAGAAAACUGCUUCACCUGUACAUGUGUUUUUUUA